GAGUGGGUUUUCUCUGUUAUAUUAAUGAGGCAGUAUCAGUGUAGGUGUGUUUUAAGCCAGUUGCCUUUGAGAUAUAAACAGAGCAGAUUAGGACAGAGAAGUAAGCGCGCAUGGAGAUCACUAAGGAAUUGAGGAACAGAGUUGAGAAGAGACAAGGACCUUCCGCCAGAGCAGAUGGAGAAGGAAAACCUUCCACUAGAGCCGGCAACCUGAGUUGGGACUUCUAGUCUUCUAAACUGUGAGGAAAUAAAUUUCUGUUUGUUAAAGCCACCCAUUUGUGUUAUUUGGGUUAUAACAGUACUAGAUAAGUAAGACACUGAGUAAGGAAAAAAGUCACAUGUAAUACAAUUUUAACACGAUAUCUAAUAAUGAAAUUUUUGAACUUUUUUUUUCUUCCCAGGAAGGUUAUAUUCAAAAGAAAAAAGAACUGUGGGGAGUCUGUAUCUUCAUUGCAGCAGUUGACCUAGAUGAAAUGCCAUUCACUUUCACUGAGCUACAGAAAAACAUAGAAACCAGUGUCUAUAAAUUCUUUGACUUACUAAAAGAAAUCGAUACAAGUACCAAAGUUGAUAAUGCUAUGUCAAGACUGUUGAAGAAGUAUAACGUAUUAUGUGCACUCUACAGCAAAUUAGAAAGGACAUGUGAACUUAUAUAUUUGACACAACCCAGCAGUUCGAUAUCUUCUGAAAUAAAUUCUGCAUUGGUGCUGAAGCUUUCUUGGAUCACAUUUUUGCUAGCUAAAGGGGAAGUAUUACAAAUGGAAGAUGAUCUCGUGAUCUCAUUUCAGUUAAUGCUGUGUGUCCUUGACUAUUUUAUCAAGCUCUCACCCCCUGCAUUGCUUAAAGAACCAUAUAGAACAGCUGUGAUACCUAUUAAUGGUUCCCCUCGAACACCAAGACGAGGUCAGAACAGGAGUGCACGGAUAGCAAAACAACUAGAAAAUGAUACAAGAAUUAUUGAAGUUCUCUGUACAGAGCAGAAAUGUAACAUAGAUGAGGUGAAAAAUGUUUAUUUCAAAAAUUUUAUACCUUUUAUGAAUUCUCUUGGAAUUGUAGCUUCUAAUGGACUUCCAGAGGUUGAAAGUCUCUCUAAACAGUAUGAAGAAAUUUACCUUAAAAAUAAAGAUCUAGAUGCAAGAUUAUUUUUGGAUCAUGACAAAACUCUUCAGGCUGAUCCUAUAGACAGUUUUGAAAUGCAGAGAACACCACGAAAAAGUAACCCUGAUGAAGAAGUGAAUAUGAUUCCUCCACAGACUCCAGUUAGGACUGUUAUGAAUACUAUUCAGCAAUUAAUGAUGAUCUUAAAUUCAGCAAGUGAUCAACCAUCAGAAAAUCUGAUUUCCUAUUUUAAUAACUGCACAGUGAAUCCAAAGGAAAGUAUCCUGAAGAGAGUAAAGGAUAUUGGCUGCAUCUUUAAAGAGAAAUUUGCUAGAGCUGUGGGACAAGGAUGUAUUGAAAUUGGAUUACAGCGAUACAAACUUGGAGUCCGAUUGUAUUAUCGAGUAAUGGAAUCAAUGCUUAAAUCGGAAGAAGAACGAUUAUCCAUUCAAAACUUUAGCAAACUCCUGAAUGACAACAUCUUUCAUAAGUCUUUGUUGGCAUGCGCUCUUGAGGUUGUAAUGGCUACAUAUAGCAGAAGUACAUCUCAGAAUCUUGAUUCUGGAACAGAUUUGUCCUUCCCAUGGAUUCUGAAUGUACUUAAUUUAAAAGCCUUUGAUUUUUACAAAGUGAUUGAAAGUUUUAUCAAAGCAGAAGCCAACUUGACAAGAGAAAUGAUAAAACAUUUAGAAAGAUGUGAACAUCGAAUCAUGGAAUCCCUUGCAUGGCUCUCAGAUUCGCCUUUAUUUGAUCUUAUUAAACAAUCAAAGGAUCGAGAAGGACCAGCUGAUCAUCUGGAAUCUGCUUGUACUCUCAACCUUCCCCUCCAGAAUAAUCACACUGCAGCAGAUAUGUAUCUUUCUCCUGUAAGAUCUCCAAAGAAAAAAGGGCCAGCUACACGUGUAAAUUCUACUGCAAAUGCAGAAGCACAAGCAACCUCAGCCACCCAGACUCAGAAGCCAUUGAAAUCUACCUCCCUCUCACUCUUUUACAAAAAAGUAUACAGGCUAGCCUAUCUCCGACUCAAUACCCUGUGUGCACGCCUUCUGUCUGACCACCCAGAACUCGAACACAUCAUCUGGACCCUUUUCCAGUACACACUGCAAAAUGAGUAUGAACUCAUGAGAGACAGGCAUUUGGACCAGAUCAUGAUGUGUUCCAUGUAUGGCAUUUGCAAAGUAAAGAAUAUUGACCUUAAAUUCAAAAUCAUUGUAACAGCAUACAAGGACCUUCCUCACGCUGUCCAGGAGACGUUCAAACGUGUUUUGAUCAGAGAAGAGGAAUAUGAUUCUAUUAUAGUAUUCUAUAACUCAGUCUUCAUGCAGAGACUGAAAACAAAUAUUUUGCAGUAUGCUUCCACGAGGCCCCCUACCUUGUCACCAAUACCUCACAUUCCUCGAAGCCCUUAUAAGUUUUCUAGUUCUCCUUUACGGAUUCCUGGGGGGAACAUCUAUAUAUCACCCCUGAAGAGUCCGUAUAAAAUUUCAGAAGGCCUGCCAACUCCAACAAAAAUGACUCCAAGAUCAAGAAUCUUGGUGUCAAUUGGUGAAUCAUUUGGGACUUCUGAGAAGUUCCAGAAAAUAAAUCAGAUGGUGUGUAACAGUGACCGUGUGCUCAAAAGAAGCGCUGAAGGAAGCAACCCUCCUAAACCACUGAAAAAACUACGCUUUGAUAUUGAAGGAUCAGAUGAAGCUGAUGGAAGACAUCUCCCAGGGGAGUCCAAAUUUCAACAGAAACUGGCAGAAAUGACAUCUACUCGAACACGAAUGCAAAAGCAGAAAAUGAAUGACAGCAUGGAUACCUCAAACAAGGAGGAAAAGUGAGGAUCUCAGGACCUUGGUGUGGGCACUGUGUACCCCUCUAGCUUCAUUGUCUUUCCCAGACUGACUGUAUAAUUUUCCCAAGUUCUGUUUACGGCCAGAUUUAAUACUCAGCUUCAGUUCUUUUUGUGGAUAUAAAAAGAUGUGUGCAGAUGCAAGUUGAAUUUGUGCGUGGGAUUCUUAAACCACUUGCAAUGUUGUAGUCAUUGUUAUUGUACGAGAUUGAAAAUCUUGUGUAAAUCUUGCCAUUUUAAAAGCAGUAGCAGAUUGUUUCCAUUUCCAAAGCAUAACUGCACUGCUUUCUAAAUGGUGACGACGCCUAGAGCGUGCGGGUCCUGACAACCAUGCCUAUCUUUGAGUACUUUGCCUUCCCUUUUGCAUAUGUGUGAUGUUUGCUACUGUUUUUAUUAAUUUAUAUAUGUAUUUUUUAUUUAACAUGAAUACCCUCUGAAAAUGUGUCUUGUCUUCCAAAUCCAAUUUGGAUGACUACUGAUUCACCCAAAUUAUCCUGAACUCUUCUGUUAAAACAAAUAUUAGAAACCAGAAAAAAAGGAUAAUUACUAAUUUUUACACAUUACAUUUUACUUUACUAUUGGAAUCUGAUGUCCUGUGUGUUUGUUUUAUAAAUUUUAGCUUUUGAAUGCAGGCAGAAAACAAAGUGUAGACGUGAUACUGUCAUACUACUGACACAGAUUUCAUACCUCAGAACAUGUAAGAAUUUCUUAUUCUUUUCUUCAUCCAACUCAUGCUUUAAAAUGAGGGUUAUUAAUAGUACUUUUGGUUUUUAAACUAUUCAGAUCACUGAAGUUAUAAAGCACCCCUUUAGUACUUGAAAAAGUGAAGUGUUCCGGCUAGAGCUUUGCUAUAGAGGACCCUAGUACAGUAGACUCCAAGUGCACUUUCUAAUGCUUCUGGGUCCUGAAGAAUCAAGAUAUAAAUUAAUUUUACUCUAUAAAUAGACUGUUAACUAUCGAGCCUUAAUUUCUUUUUUUCCCCUAGAGAUUUGUCAAAUUGCAUCUCAACAAUUAUUCUGCCCUCCUAAAUUUGGGAAGGUUUGUGUUUUCUCUGGAAUGGUACAUGUCUUCCAUGUAUCUUUGGAACUGGCAGUUGUCUAUUUAUGUUUUAUUUUUUUUAUAGCCAGUAUAGGCUAACACUGGCACAUUCAAAGCCAGAUUUUCUCUGGUCCAUAAACGCAAGUAAUCAAAGUUCUUUGUACGUUAGGCAUUAUUGCUUCUAUCUGAUUUUGUACGAAAGCUUCAAACUAAAGUAGCUUCAUUAGAAGAGGCGCUUUUUCCCCCUUGGCACCUAAAGGUGUAUUUAAACUGUCUUGUGUGAUUAACUUAUUUAGAGAUGGUAUAAUUUAAAAUAGGUGGUAUUUAAGUUAGCAUGAACUUAGCUUUUACGAAAAUCAUUUUGUCUAAAUCCAGAAUUCUUUUUAAAAAGAAAUCUGGUCUCGUUUGUUAGAAAACCAAAAUUUUUUGGCUCAGUUAAGUUUCAAACUUAUUAUUUUGACAGCUAUCUUGAUAACAAAGGCAGCUUUACUAGACAGCUUUACUCCAUUUCCUCUGUAACUUUUGCAUGAGUAGCUUACAGAUCAUUUUAGGUCAGGGCCUACCAUGUUUCUGCAUCCUGUGCUAAUAUUCACAUUAGAAUUAGCGCCAGAAUUUUAGGAACUUCAGAGACUGUGUAUUGAGAUUUCUUAAAUAAGGCUUAAGAUAUUGCUUUUUGUAUUGGUUAAAACUGUACAUUUAAAAUUGCUAUGUUCUAUUUUCUACAAUUAAUAGUUCACCUAUUUUAAAAUAAAUUAGUUAAGAGUCUUAA